AUGAUCAUUUGUAAUAAUCUCUGUCUCUAUUACAUGGAUUUACCAAUGUAUUUCGUUGCGCGUUCUCUAGUUGUGCCGAUUAGCUUGGUCUUUACUUACCAUCGGCGUUCCCUGAAUAAUUGCGUUGGAGUCCUUCUGGGUGCCCUCCUAGUUAUUGUUGGUUAUAUUGUAACGCUGAUUGAAGAAAAUCUUACCAAUCUACUGAUAGCUGAGGGUGUUAUAUUCGGUAUUUUCGCCUCUCUUUUCUGCGUGGUUUACUAUCAGGAUGCCUGCCAAUUGCAAAGCGGAAAUAACUACGAAGUGCAUUGGAAACAAGUCUACGUCAACAAUGUGGUAUGCAGUAUCUUCACUUUCGUUGCCAUCGCCUUCACGGAGACUUCAGAGAUUCUAUUCCUCCCCUUUUCUAUGUGUUUGGAAACCCUUCUGUUCUGGUUUUUGGUAGUCCUCAGCUGUGUGGUGUCCUCCUGCCUUGGUUGUCUUAUACUUCGGGAAGCCACAACAUACACCACCGUUCGAAUGGAGACGUUCGGUCUCGUUCGUUCUCUUCUUCAAACUGUUUUGGCGGUACUUAUCUUCCGUGUUUACACUACAACCUUUUGGUGGGCCGGUAUCCUUCUAACUGCAGCAGGAACUGCAAUCUACUGGCGAGCAUACAUGAAUCUGGCCCCUGAGCAAGCGACAGCUAACAGAGUCGUCGGCAAGGAUGAGCUUCCGUUGAUUAAUACCGUGAACGAUUAA